CAUUCUAUAUCCCUAAAACACACCAAGAUCCAUUAAACACGCGCACAUAAAAUAAAAUGAAAUUCUCAAGCACAUCAGUUCUCUGCUUAACUCUCUCCUUCUUCUUGAUCGGAGCACAAGCCAAAGUACCCGUCGACGAGCAGUUCCGAGUAGUCAACGAAGGAGGCUACACCGACUACAGUCCCAUCGAAUACAACCCUGACGUGCGUGGCUUCCAGCCUUUCAACGACAACUUCCGUCUCUGUUUCUACAACACAACCCCAAACGCAUACACUCUCGCCCUCCGAAUCGGCAACAGAGCUCAAGAAUCCACUCUCAGGUGGGUCUGGGAAGCUAACAGAGGCUCACCGGUCAAAGAAAACGCGACGUUGACUUUCGGCGAAGACGGAAACCUCGUACUCGCCGAAGCCGAUGGUCGCAUGGUGUGGCAAACUAACACGGCUAACAAAGGUGCCGUGGGGAUCAAGAUCUUGGAGAAUGGCAAUAUGGUAAUAUAUGAUAAAAACGGAAAGUUUAUAUGGCAGAGUUUUGAUUCUCCGACAGACACUCUUCUUGUCGGUCAAUCACUUAAACUCAGUGGUCGGAACAAACUCGUAAGCAGACGGUCUCCAUCGGUUAACACAAACGGACCAUACAGUCUCGUGAUGGAAGCCAAGAAGCUAGUCUUGUACUACACGACAAACAAGACUCCGAAACCUAUCGCUUAUUACAACUACGAGUUCUUCUCCAAGAUCACUCAACUACAGUCCAUUACGUUCAAAGCCGUGGAAGAUAUUUUCGACAGCACUUGGGGUUUGCACAUGGAAGGCGUUGACUCUGGUUCUAAAUUCAACGUCUCAACGUUCCUCUCGAUUCCCAAACACAAUGCCACGUUGAGUUUCAUUCGCUUAGAAUCAGACGGAAACGUUAGAGUUUGGAGUUAUAGUACCGCAGCGACUGCGACAGCUUGGGACGUGACCUACACGGCGUUUACUAACGACGACACUGACGGUAACGACGAGUGUAGGAUCCCUGAGCAUUGUUUGAACUUUGGUUUGUGUAAGAAAGGUCAGUGUAACGCUUGUCCUAGCGACAAAGGGCUUCUUGGAUGGGACGAGACUUGUAAGACUCCGAGUCUAGCGAGUUGCGAUCCAAAGACAUUUCAUUAUUUCAAGAUCGAAGGAGCUGAUAGUUUUAUGACUAAGUAUAACGGUGGUUCCUCGGCAACGGAGAAAGCGUGUGGGGACAAGUGCACGAGGGAUUGUAAGUGUUUAGGGUUUUUCUACAACAGGAAGAGUUCAAGGUGUUGGUUGGGUUAUGAGCUCAAGACAUUGACAAGGACCGGAGAUUCUUCGCUUGUUGCUUAUGUCAAGGCUCCUAAUGCUAACAAGAAGUGAGUUCUUUGAGGUGUGUGAAAGUCAUUUGAAAUUAUUGUGUUGUUCGUUUAAUAAGGUCAACCUUGGUUUCUUUAUCAUUUUAUAAAUUACAUUGUAAUAAAGUGAGGUGAAUGAAGUUUAUGAAUCAAUUUGAGAUAUACAUGUAUA